AUGUUAAUAUGGGCGGUGAGUGGCCAAGGAAAAGAUGGGCGGGGAAAUGCCUUGUAAACUAACACAGUCAAAUCCUACUACUGAGCAGAGCAAUUUUUGAGCUGAAGAAAUGCUUAUUUUAGAUGUAUUUUGGGCUUCAAUGUUCUAUUUAUUUUUUCUCUCUCUCUCAGCUCUUAGUACAAAGGAACUAUUUAAGGAACAGUUAUUGUGUAAAUCUUCAGCAGCAGAAGUAUGGCUUCAACCAUGUGCUCUUACUACGCAGGGUGCAGUUAAGGAACAAUUGUUGUGUAAAUCUUCAGUAGCAGAAGUUUGGCUUCAACUAUGUGAUGGACAAAAAGACCUUAAAAUCACCAUGGAAGCUUGUGAUUUUAACAGACUGCCUUAUGUUACAGUUGAAUGGAUUCCAAGGAUGGAUUUGUACCAGUUGUAUGGGGAAUUUGUUGUCUGGUAUCAAUUUUCAAAAUAUUCUGAAUUUAGUAAGGAAUUCUGUAGUGGAACUGAUGAUGCGUUUUCAACUUGUGGAACACUCAAAGGAGAGACGACAACCUUCAAUAUCACUGGAUACGACCCCAUACCCUAUUUGUAUAAGAUAAAGAAGAGCUCUCUUGAGGAAAAUCCACUGUCUGCUAAGAGGAGACCUCCAGACAAUUCCUUUUAUGUAAAAACCUGCAACAAAAAUCCAAAGAAAACCAAAUGGUGGUAUCAUGAUGACCUGUUGAUGCCACUGUUGCAGUUCCUUAGCAGAAGAUAGUCCUACUGAGUAAACAAGCUCUUUGAUCCUUCAAGUCUUUGAACUUAAAUAUUUGACUAGGGGUGAUUCAAAAACAAUGAAGACUACUUCCUUUUAACUGCAUUUUUACAAGUGUGCAUUGCGAGCGCAUGUUGAAAGCUGCUUCAGCCCCAUGCAGCGGACAUGCUCUGUAGUCAUACUGGAUUAAUGCAGGCGUCAGGAUGAAAAUUCCAUUUUUUUUCUCUCAUGCUUUUCAGGAUUCCACAGGUCCUCAUGUAUUGUGCAAUAAUGAUGAUAAAUGCAUGAUAGGGCCUCAUGGAGAUGUUUACCAAAAGCUUGGGAAAUGGAGAACCCCCUUCCUUCGUUGCAUUGCCACCCAUGAUAUCUGGAUACUAUGCACUGUGAUUAUGGCGGCACAUGCUUGACUGACGACCGUUAAACAGGAUCUUUGGCUAUUUAUUAAAAUGUUUCCUUUAUGUCUGUUUGACAGAUGUUUUCCGGUGAUUGUAAUGAGCAGGUACUAUAUCUCAUGCCUAUGUGAGAAUAUAAAAAUGUUGUAAAUAGCUAUUGUUAGAGCUAGCGUAUAGAGAAUGAGAAAUGGUAGGGGUUAAAGGAAUUGUUCAGUAUAAAAAUAAAAACUGGGUAAAUAGGCUGUGCAAAAUAAAUACGUUUCUAAUGUAGUUAGCCAAAAAUGUAAUGUAUAAUGGCUGGGGUGACUGAUGUAUAACGGAACAGUACUUCCUGCUUUACAGCUCUCUUGCUUUCCACUGAUUGGUUACCAGUCAGUAACCAAUCAGUGAC